CCUUAAAAUUCUUUAGAGCAUAAUCGUGAUCAGCACACAAAGUUUGAUCUGUUUGCAUUGAUGCAUAGAUGGGCAAGUUUUUCUAAUUUAACCACUUGAUGGAGGAAAACAAAUCUGUGCACUUGCCUCAAUGCUUAAAAAUAUGAAAAGUUGUUGCAGCAGAUAAAUAAAUUUGACUGCUGAGUUUCCUGUUAUUAGGGUUUAUGAAGAUACACAGAGAAAAAUGGACACAUUGCAUACCAGAUCACUUGAGUGGGUGAUUCAUCUGCCAUCAAAUAAUACAAAUAACUUUUCCUGUUAGGAAUGAAACAGUCAAACCCUUAAGUACACGAUGUUCUAAGUCUUUUUACUUCAUUGUAGUUGCGUAUAAAGUGUAUGUUAACUUUUUGCUGUGAAUUUUCCUCCUCUGUUCUGUAUGUCGGUUCUGUACAGAUGCUGUUUUUUGUUUGUUGUGUUUCGGUACUGUUAGAGCUUCCAAAUAUCUCACAAAUGAAAGACAAUGAGGUUAUGUAAGGUUAGGAAAGCUACAAAUGUUAUGGUAGAAUCAUGUAAUACUAUUGUUUAAACAUAUUUGAAGCCAAGAACAAUCUAAGAGAGAGAGAGAGAGAAAGAGAGAGAGAGAGAGGUGAAGAGAGAUAUCAGUGAGGUAUAUUGUUAGGGUGCUGGACUUUGGGUGAGACUAAGUGACCCUCUCCCAUUUCCAUCUUCUAUAAGAAAUCUUUCAGAUUCAAAUCUCAUUAUUUUUUAACCUUUUUACAGACCUUUAUCGUUAGUAUAUGUAUGAACCAUAUUUUCACAACUUCAUUCUGAUUCAUACAAUUCUCAUGUUGAAAACAUUUUCAAGGGUAAUUAAAAAUCAAUUUCAAAUAGAAAGUUCAAAUUUUUGAUGUGUAAGGAGUCCCAAAGUUAGAACUUGCAGGAAUGGAUUAGAGUUACUGAGCCAUAGAAUGAUACAUUACACAUCAUUUUAUAUUACAGUCCAUGUUUAAAUUCUACACAAUUCAACCUGUUGCAUAUGAAUAUAAGUUUCUUUUCUAUGGGCAACAAAUACUUUUAUUUUCAUUUUGAAGUUGAUCUGUCACCUCUUAUCCGAUAGGUAAAACAUAUCAGUAAAUAUAUCUUUUUUGGUAGUUUCAUUCAGUAAUUUCUCAUGCACGGUAAUCAGUGUUAUUAUCCAAGAUGGCCAAAUCUUCAAGAAAUCGAGAUCUCUGCAGCAAUACCAGAGCUUGAACUUCAUCUCUGAGUACCCCCCCCUCCACCAUUAAAAAGAGGAAUAAAACGUACAUUACUUAAUGAAAGCUUCGUCUUUAUUUGACUUUUGAAGCAGUUGCUUGUGUAAUCCAUCGGUGAACUUAAAAAUGCUGAAACUUUAAAGAAUUAUUGAUUUGGAAGGAAACUUUUUUGUGGCCAAUAAUCAUUGUCAGCUGAGAAGCAAUUGAAAGCAAACUGUGCAGGUGAUGAUUUGGCGCAGUGUUGUUUUAGAAUAGUCGUUUUCAUUGAAAUCAGAAAUACUGUGACUAUAUAAGUUGAGAGUGCUGUUAAUGUAUGGAGAUCCAAGACAGCUAGAAGCCAUGUCUGUUAUUAUUUCAAUGAUCAGCAGAGUUGUUUGCAGGCCUGCUUCAUUGAUUAGACAAUAUGCCUUAUGAAAAAUCUCUUUAUCAGUUUCAAUAACAGCUGUUAAGUGUAUACAUUUGCAACAUUUAUGGAUUUUCAGUUAUUUGCGAAUGGAAACGGCUGAUUCCAACUACUUCUUAUACAGUAGUUUUCAGGUUUGUGUUUAGGGGAGACAAAUUUUCUUGACUUUCCAGGUCCCUAAAGGAACUUGGGCCCAAAUGUCAAUACAAUUCUUUAACACACACAGUAUAAACAGUAUUUCUUCCCACUAAUUUCAAUAUUUCAAGUAUCAGCUAGUGUUUAUGGCUGUAGUAUCUACACCUUUCUGAGCCCCUAUUACACCCCUCCCUUCCUCCUAAGUGAGUAAGAAAGCACUAAUCAAAUGUCCCUCAUCCUCAACUUGAUACACAAAGAAAAAAUCUGUGGAGGAUAUUUCGUUGUAUUAUGAUGUUCCGAGGCUUGUCAUUGAUUGUUCUUGUUCAAAAGGAGACCAGUAUUUGUAAAUAAUGACUAAUUUAUUUGAGAGUUAAGGUCGUAAUAGCAGCAUUUGUGGCUUUGUCACACACGCUGACGUCUCCAGGUCUUAGGGCAUUAUUAAAGGUAAAUUUUCACAUGUGCCAUGUGUCUGUGCUCUAAAAACGGAGACUUUUAAAUAAAGUCAGCUGUUAACAAAGACAGAAAAAUGAUGAUUUUGUACCCUACAAACAAAGUGUGGAUUUUAAGCUCUCAAUUGAGAUGGCCUGUUCAACAAUUUACCUGUGCUAAACCAAAUGACCUAUCUUCUGUAUUAAGCCACUCGGUGUAGAAGAGAGGAAAAAAAAAUCUACACAUGAUAUUUGUAUUUCAGAACCUGAAACACCACGAACAUUUAAAAUCUUGUCCUAUUAAACAUGUUAUCUCUGUAUACAGUUGAUAUACUGUUAAAUAUAAAUCCACCUUUAGAUUGGGCCUGCCUGCUUUCUUUGUGAUUGGUAAAUCUUCAUACGGAAAUAUUCACCUCUCAAAGGACAGGCACUGACAGAUAUGAGGAGUCUUAGAAAACACUACAUAACUACCAACCAAAGGCUGUAGCUUCAUGCUAUUAGUGCAACCCAGCAAUAGUCUGUACUAUGGAAAAGAAAGACAAAAGUUCCCCAAAACCAAGUCCCAACCUGUUUGACAAUGCUGCUGCCAGUAGUCUCCUGGGUGUCCCCCCAUUUGGCCUGCCCUAUGCCCACAUCCCCAGCACCUUCUCCCUCCUGGGUCACUACCCAGCCUUCCCCAUGUCAUCCCUCUUUGGGGAGCUUGGGGAGAGGGGACUAGCCAGUCUCCCACCUGGUGGUGCCUUGUGGACUUACGGCGCCUCAAACUAUGAUCAUAACAGAUAUCCGGAUUUCUUUGCAGGCUCGCUUCUAGAAUUGUCAGGAAAACUAGGUUCAGCCAGUAAAUCACAUUCCUCAUCGCCCUCUUCCAAAGAGUCACCAAAAGCUUCACCCAAAACUGUCUCCAAGGCAACCAGCAAGGCUGCUACCACCUCCUCUGGCAUUUUCAGCAACAGCACCAAUGGCAGGAAAACCAGCACCUCGGCAACCAGUGGUGGGGGCAGUCUAAUGACAGGGAAAAGCCUGAAAGCAGGGCGCUCCUUGCUAGCAGGCAACAGUCUUUUAGCUGAAAAAUUUAAGAAAUCAAAGUUGUCGUCUGCUACCUCACCUAGUCACACAGAGACCAAUGGUACAUCUUUCUUAUCAUCCGAGUCACCCCGUCUAGUUAGUCCAAAACAGAAGCAUGCAAGGGAGGAACAGGGAUUAGAAAACGGAGACCACCAUCCAAGUGAAGAGGAUCAGUCUGAAGAUGAGUCUCUCUCAAGUAGAUUUGUUGUCAAUGGCAACCAGGAGGAUGAGGAGGAAGGCAUGGAUCAGGAAUUGGACAGCUCUAGGAAGAAUGGUCCAUCCAUACACAUUGAUGGCCUCAAGAAGAAGCUGAUAGCAGAUCAGAUCAGACAGAGGGUUCAGAACAAGCCCAUACAGAGCAUUAGGCCCUCUAUAAUGCAACCAAUGAAGCGUGGUAGGGGGAGGCCUCCAAAACAGUCACAAACAGAUUCAGAGGAUGAGCCCAAAGACCCAGAUGCUCUAAAGGCUCAACUUAAUGCUACUCUGCUUAAACAGGAACUCCAGCUAAAGAAACUGAGAGAGAAACAUGAAAAGGAGCAGGAAGCUUUAGUGGCACAGAACAAGAAUGAUCUAAAAGCCCAAUUAGAAGCCAAUUUAAGAAUUCAGCAGAUGGAGGUCAAACUGAUGAAGAAACAAAAACAGCAGGAGUUGGACCUAGCUGUCCUGUAUCAGAAGAAGCAGCAAGAGCUCCUGAAGCAAGGAGCGAAGGACAAAUUAAAAUACCAACAGGAGAAGAGUGAACAAAAGAAGAAAGAGUUGGAGGAUAAGAAGAAGAAGGAGAUUGAGACCACCAUGAAGGUUCAACAGCUUCUGAAACUCUCAGAGAACGAGCGAAGGACUCGAGUGAGUGGGGACAGACCAGUCAAGGGGAAGUCACCCUCCUCUAUGAAAAUUAACCAGUUGUUGCAAGAAAAGAUGAAUGCCAGCUCCUCAAAAUCUGAAGCAGAGAGCAGUAACAAGAUGACGGUUGAUGAGAAACUGGAGGCUAAAGUCCGGGCAAUGCUGGAGGAGGAGAAUUCCAACAUGUCUGGUGAUUCAUCAGACUCGGAGAGUGAGAACGAGAAUCACGGAAUGAUGGACUCGAUGAGCGAGAUAUCAGACUCCACCAAUGACCACCACAGUCAGUAUGAGGAGGCCGGGAGUUCCACGUCUAAAAGGAGCGCUGAUGAAAUGUCUGAGGGGGGAUCUCCAACAAAGAAGCCCCGUGUCCAAAUGGAUGAGGCAGCUUUACAGAUUCCUCUGGACAAUGGCUUCAGACGCACGACCACCAUCCAUGCUAUAGGCAAACGAGGCUUUAUUGGGGAGGUUCUAUACUAUGGCCCCUGUGGAAAGAAAAUGAAAACAAUUCCUGAUGUCAUGAGGUACCUUGAAAGAAACUAUAUCAAGGAGUUUGGAAGGGAGAAUUUCUCAUUUAAUACCAGGGUGAAAGUUGGACAGUUCUUUGAAGGACAAGCAGGAACAUCAGAAAUAGUGAAGUUAAGUGAUGAGCAAGUGAAUGAGAGAAUGUCUCUGAUUGAGAGCAAGAGACAGAAGCUGAUGAAAAUCAAACAGAUGAAGGGAAGCAGACGACAGGAAAAACAAAACAAGCAGAUACAGCUGGCGAAGCAGAUGAUGGAGCAGAAACUCAAGAAACGCAUGGAACAGCAAGAAAUGGCUAAGCGUGCUGCAGAGUUCAAGAUACAGAAGAGAGAAGAGAAACAGAAGAUGAAGGACACGGCUCGUAAAAUCAAGGAAAGUCGAGGUAGUGACCCCCCUACACCUCCCUCUACAUCUACUAGUGACUGGCAAUCACAGAUGUAUUGUCUACCAGACAACAUCCUGUCAUGUGAUCCCAAUGCCUCAGCAAGUGAAAAGAAGAUGCAGAAGGAGCAGUUGCGGGCCUUGCGAGAGCAGGAGAAGCAUCAGAGACAGGAGCAGAUGAGACUCGAGCGCGAGAUGCGGGCUCAGCAGAUCCUCGAGUCUAACCUUUUAUGGUAUCAUCUAGAGAGAUUUGGUUCUUUGCAGGAGAGAGAAAUGAAGAGACAUCAAGCCAUUAUAGCUAAAGAGCAGGAAAGAGAACGAAAACGCCAUCAUUUUAUGCUGGUCAAAGCCAUUGAACAACAAAAGAAGCAAGCAAAAGACAAGUUGAAAGAAGACAGAAUGAUGGAGAAGAGACUUCACAGAGAGAAAAAAAUGGAACAGAGAAGACUGGAGUUACAGUUAGCGAGAGAGCUGAAGAAACCAGUGGAGGAUAUGGAGCUAAAGGACCAUCGGGUGUUGCCUGAGUUUAAGAGGAUCCCUGGCUGUAAGCUGGAUGCAGUGACAUUCGGAGACAUUCUGAUGGUUCUAGAGUUUGUCCACAACUUCCAGGAUGCCUUAGGUUUCUCGGAGGACACACUGCCGACCCUGAAGUCCCUCCAGGACCAGGUGAUGUUUGCGACGGAGGAGGACGGCGAGAAUUUUAUGUCCUUGACCUGUCACCUGCUGAAGUAUGCGGUCAUGGAGCCUGGCGUCCCCAACCCCAGGGAGGCAACCACCUGCCUUGGACAGAAGAUAGCAGACGUAGCCAUCAACGAGAAUGUGGUGUCUGAAAUCCUCAGAAUCUUCAUCAUCGCUCGGAAUGGAAAAUCCAAUGAAAUGAGUGAUUGGCUGAGUUCCAAACCUCUAGAAUCCCUGACCACCCCCCAGAAAGCCUCUGUCCUUGCAUUCCUUGUAAAUGAGUUGUUGUGUGGGAGACACAUUGUCUCGGAGAUCGAGCGACAGCUGGAACACAUGGGGGAGAUCCGCAGAGACAAGUGGGUCGUGGAAGGGAAACUCAGAAGACUGAAGGCUGUUCAGAACAAGAAAUUCAAGAGUGUGCCAAAACCACCGCCCCUGGAUGGAGAAAGCACAUCUCAGAUGACAAGCAAGAAAGGCAGUGAUGAUGAGGACGAAAAGGAGGAGGAGAGUGGCAAUGAGAGUGGAGGGGAGGAUCAUCCAGGGGCCAAUGAGGGGGACGGAGAGGAUGAAGAGCCACAAUCAUAUGAAGAGUGUGAGAAAGGAAUUGAAAAGCUUCAAAAGCAACAUGCUCAAUACCGUGCUAAAGUGUUCAAGGCCUCACAUAAGGUUCGUGCAAUAUCUCUGGGUCAGGACCGCUACAAACGCCGCUACUGGGUGUUACCGACCGCCGGGGGAGUUUACAUUGAGGGACAGGAGUCAGGGUACUUUGAUGAGGAAAUCCAAGAAAGCUGUUUUAAGCAAGAAGUAAAACAGGAAGUGAAAGAAGAGAUAAAUGAAAAAGUGAAGGUGGAAGUUAAAGAAGAGGUGAUGGAUGCGUUGAAGCAGGAAGUCAAGUUAGAAAGUGUUGAGGUGAAAGAAGAAGUAAAACAGGAAGUGAAAGAAAGAAAAGACAUUCUGAAGAUUCCAGUGUACAAAAAAGAAAUCAGGAAGGAUCGGGAAGAAUGUGAGGCAGAGAAUGUGAUAAAAUCAGAACACCUCUCUGCAGACCAAUGUGAUUCCAAUCAAAAUUCCAGUCCAUCUGAGCAAACCCCAACUCGUUCAUCAGAAAACAUAUCAAACUCUGUCAAACUGGAAAACUCAGUGCCCAAGUGUAACGGAGAUGAUCUCUCUGUGCCAUCUACCUCCAGGUGCAAUAGUGCAAUAUGUGACAGCUCAGACACAAGUAUCCAUCUACAAAACAGUUCCUGUUGGAAGCCUGGUCAGUCUAGCUCCUCAUCAGAGAGUGACAUUAAAUCCAUCAUCAAUAGUGCUCACGCAUCCCCAUUGAUCUCCCCCUACCCAGCUGCUCCAUCGCCAUUCUUCUCCCCACCUAUCUCAGGAGCUAGUCCCUCACUGUUAAGUGGUCUCUCAAUGUCAUCCACCCCCACCUCAUCGACCCCACUGCCAGCUCACCAACAACCAAAGUCCUCCACUCCCUCAGUGGAGGCCAAGCAUAAUUUCCUCAGCAUAGAUUCCCUACUGAAGAAGGACAGUACCUCUAGCAGUGCAUCGCCCUCCAACAAAAGCAGUCUGUUCCCGUCCCCAAUGUUCCCCUUGGUUCCUAUGACUCCUGACCAGAUGAUGAAAUCGUUUGGUGAGAGUUCUACCCAGAAGCCUUGGUUCAGCAUUCUACCCAGGCUGCCCUGUGAUGACCUGUCAAUGACCCAUAAUUCCUCACAGCCCUCAAUCCUACCUAGUCCGUUCCAGAACUCAUUUUUAUCCCCUCUCUCAUUCCACUCUUUUCCCGCUCAGAGCCCAUCCUUCUCGUCUUUCAAUGUGUCACAGUUAUUUGGAACUUCUGACUUAAGUGGAAUGUCCCUGAAUUCCACAGCACAGUCCAAUGAUUCGUUCAAGAUUCCUAACACCCCAAGAACAGACACUGACACUCCAUCCACCAGUGUACUGGAUCAGAACGAGUCCCUCCUCAAGGAAUUACAAGGAGAAGCUCAGCCUAUUCCAGAAGAAUUCAAGAAAGGCUGGUGGAAGAUUUCAGAAGAGGAGCAUGUUCGAACAGUUCACAGGAAUCUCCACCCCCGGGGAAUCCGUGAGAAAUCCCUGCAGAAAUCCUUACAGAAAUGUCUAGAGCAUGCCUGUUCAUCAUGUAACCAGGAAAACAGUGAAUAUUAUAGUCUGAUAUCUGAUGAAAGUGAAGAGGAAGAAGAGGAUGAAGAAGAUGAGGAGGAAGAGGAGGAAGCAGAAGAGAAAGAGGAAGAGAAGGCUGAGGAGGAAGGAACCAAAGGAGACAAGGAGGAAGUAGAAGAGAAGGAGGAAGUAAAACAGAAAGACAAGGAGGAAGACAAGAAAGACGAAAAAGAAAUAGACAAAGAAGAAGACAAAGAAGAGGAUGAGGACAAAAAGUCCUCAGAGGACAUCAGUUCAGAGAAACAAGAAAAUGAUGAGGAGAAAAUGGAGACAGAAACAGAGACUGAGGUAAAUCCUGAAGAUGAAGUGAAACGAUUGGCUAAUCUCAGCCACCAGGUGGAGCUACAGGUCUUAGAGGAAGUAGAAAAUCUGGAGGAGAGGAUUGCUUCAGCUAGCUUACAAGUAAAGGGCUGGAAAGUUCCCCAGAGGAUUUCAGAAGAGGCUGAUUUUACCUUAGUAGACAGGUUUAAUCAUGAAAAAUUGGGUCCAAAAGAGAAAUAUCCACUGGAUGCAGCUCGAGACAAACUUUUCUGUCUGGAACCGAAUAUUGAGAGACGCUACCUCAAACCACCUCUCUGUAAACAAGUACAGAUUAACCUGGCCAACAUUACGGCCAGCACAGGUCUGAAUGAUGAGGACGAGGAUGGAGACCGGCCCUCGGACCACAUACAGGUCUCCCAAGGCCUGAUGAUGUGGAGGAACGCCGUGGCCAAGGCCUCCAACCCCGCCCAGCUGUCUCUCUGUGUGUCCCAGCUCAACAACUCCAUAUCCUGGGAAAAGUCCAUUAUGAAAGUGCUGUGUCAGCUCUGUCGGCGAGAUGAUAACGAGGCUCAGCUCCUGCUGUGUGACGGCUGUGAUCAGGGUUACCACACCUACUGCUUCAAGCCAAAGAUGGACAAUAUUCCAGACGGAGAUUGGUAUUGUUAUGAAUGCAUAUCAAAGGCCACUGGAGAGCCUUGCUGUGUUGUAUGUGGAAAGAGAAUGGGCCGGAUUGUGGAGUGUGAUUUGUGCCCCCGAGCCAUUCAUUUAGACUGUUUAAACCCCCCUCUACCUCGCAUGCCCAGGAAGUGGGUGUGUCCAGCAUGCACAGCGAAUCAGGGACGAAAGGGCAAAGGAAGGAGAAGUCCUAAAAAGAAGAACAAAGAAAACAACACUUCAGUGAGAGAACGGAAAGACUCUGAUGCGGGCAAUAAAUCGGCCAAUGAGAGCACUCCGUCUGAAAAACCUGAGAAGAAGCGUGGGAAAGACCAGGAGAAGAAGAAGCAGGCAGCGGAGCAGUCCGAGGAUAUGACUGUGUGCAGGUUGAUUCUGACAGAGAUGGACAAGCAUGAUGAUGGUUGGCCGUUCCUAAAACCUGUCAACUUCAAGCAAUUCCCAGCAUACAAAAAGUACAUCAGACAACCGAUGGACUUCACCACAAUGAAGAACAAACUCAGGGAUAACCAGUACAAAACACGUGGUGGUUUUGCAGCUGAUGUGCGACUCAUUUUUAAUAACUGUCAGACAUUCAAUGAGGACGACUCUGAGGUUGGGCGGGCAGGCCAUAACAUGAGGAAAUUCUUUGAGGUGCGAUGGAAGCAGCUAUUGUUAACCUCACCAUCCUCGCCCUCGACCAACAGCAACGAGGAGAAAAUGGAGGAGGGCGGAGACUAAUGCUGCCACCUAGUGACCAAUCAUUUAUUUAUUCCAUUAAAAAUCUACGUUUCUUUUUCUUAUGCAAAUUCUAUUUAUGAUUUCAUUGCAGCUAUCAACAGAAAGUCUUAUAUAUAUUGAUGUUGGCAGUUUUUGAAUGAUUAUAUUUAUGAUGUUGUGAAUUCUUUUAUUAUUAAGGAAAUAAGUGUCUUAGACUAUGAUUAACCUCAGAGACUAUACUUGUAGAUGGAAAAUAUUAUGUUUCCUGGGCUCUAUUAUUUAUGGUUGGAAAAUGCUAUUUUACAGUGAACUUGUAGAUUUUGUACAUAAGAUGGCAUUGAUGUUUUAGUGUUCUCUCUGUCUGUAUCGGUUUACGUGACAAUAUGUUGCCAUGAUACAUUCUGGCCUUUUAUCUCAUCAUUAUUAACUGCACAUUCAGCAAUGUUGGCAGCAGUUGUAAAGAGAACAUUUUGUUUACUUAUGAAAAAUUCUUUUACCACCAAAGGGCACAUCAAAGAUUACGAUUGCAUAAAGAAAUAUUUUUUUGUGGUUGUGAUAAGGAAACCAUUUAUUUUCUUGUUUCUUUCACCGACUAUCCACCAAGAAAUAAGUAAAUUAAUGCCAGUAUUCAUUCGACUUUACAAAAAUUGAUGUGUUUAAUUUUUACAUUUUUUGUAGCAAUAAUACAUGUACAUGUAGCAUUUUGUUCAUGAAUUUAAAUCAAAGAUUUAAACAUACAUUUAUUUCAGAAUUUUGUACUUGGAAUUUUAGUAGACUUUUUGAUUUUACACCCUCGCGGCUGCAGACAAUGAACUACAACACACAGACGACUCUGUUUUCUAGUCCCUUCAUCGGUCAUCAUUGUUCACACAGUACAUUCCAGUGAAGAAGUUCACUCUCUUUUCUCAACAUAUCAUUCACCGUACAGCUCGGCUGGCAAUAACCCAUUCUCAUUAUUCACAGAUCUUGGACCUGUUCCUUAUUUUUAACCUCUUAUCUGCAGAAACUGUCUAGAGACAUAGUCCAAGAAACAAUUGUCUGCAUUUUUAUUCCGAUUUUUUUGUCAUUUUUCUGUGUUGUUUACUUUUAUACAAACACCACAUUGAUCAAUACAUAUUUUUUUGUAAGCAUUUUUUUUUCUCUUGCACAAAGUGAAGACUUCAAAUGAAUCUUGUUUGUAUGAGAGCACAUUGCUUUGGUAGAUUGUAACUGUGUUGUAUAGCUGUGAAACAAGUGAAUUAAUAUAAUCAGUUGAUGUGAAGAUUUGUUAACAUUGAUAUCUUUCAAAUCAAUAAAACUGUAAUAUUUAGAACUAAA